AAAAAAAGCUGCGACGACGGUGAUGGGGGCUGGCAGUUCUUCCACACCCAUCUGACAAGAAAGCAGUUCCGGGUUUUUUUUUUUUUCUCUUUUUUUCUCCUGUCUUUGGCGGCUGAGAGCUGCUCUAUCUAUCGCCGCGGCCACAGCGCGGUAACAUGUCUCUUUUACUGGACAGACUCUUUGGGGAACUCCCUGAAGACAAGUCUGUGGACACCAAGACGUUUUUGGACAACGUGUCGACCCUCCCUCCGUUUAUUGACUGCUUGGGGUCCAAAGUAUUUUCAAUCAUCAAAUCUGACAUCAAUGGGAAUAUAACGAAAAUUAGAGCGGUUUAUGAUCAGGAUCCUGCAAAGUAUGCCACCUUGCAGGCUAUCCUGGAAGCGGAGCGAGAAACCCACAAAGAACAAUGGCCUAAAGUUGGAGCGACGCUCGCUCUGAUGUGGCUCAAGAGGGGUCUCCGCUUCAUUCAGGUUCUGCUGCAGAGUUUGGCCGACGGCGAGAGAGACGAGAGCAACCCCAACCUUAUUCGCGUCAAUAUAACCAAGGCCUAUGAGCAAGCUCUGAAAAAAUACCACGGCUGGCUUGUUCAGAAAGUUUUUAAUGCAGCGCUGAUUGCGGCCCCCUACAGAUCAAACUUCCUCAAGAAUCUGUCAAAGGGAGAAGAAGUGAAAGAGGAGGAGUGUCUGGCAAACGUGCGUCUCUUCCUGGUGAAUUACACGGCCACCGUAGAUGCCAUCUAUGAGAUGUACACAAACCUGAACGCAGAGCUGGACUACACAGUUUGAUGUCUGAGGAUGAAACUGGAUCUGGAGCUUCAGGAGUGACACAACUCCUUCAGGGUGUAACUCGAGUCCAGUUCUUAAAAUUAAGUGUUUUGUUUUCUUGUCCUAUUUAUUGCUCUGAUUAUGCCUAGCUCAAUAUAUUUUAUGUAUAUUUGGUCUUUAUAAAUGCUGAACUGAAAGAAAAAUCUAUUUGAAGGUGCUUUGUUGCUGCUCUCCAUCUAUAGCCAGGAUUUUUUUUUUAUCUGUCUGAUUUGCUGCUUUAUUUAUGAGAUCACUGUGUGCCUUUAACCUCUUCUAUAAGAACCAAAACGCCUAUAAUCAAUGAAACAUGUUUGUCACCUUCAUAGGUAUAAACUCUUCUGAUCACCAUCAAUCUUUUUUAUUAAAGCUGACAUAAAGCUGCCUAUUUUCAUUUAGUUUAAGAUGCCGUGGUGUUUCACCUCUAGAUUUUUAUUUUAAUUUUUUUGGGCAUGUGUGAAACAUGCCUCAAAUUAAAAUGUGACUAAAUCUUGUUCCCCUUGUUUGCAGUGUCCCUUUGUGUUACUUUGGAUGUCUUGUACAAGCUGUUAAUAAUCAUGUGUGGACAAAGACAGCAUUUCAAAAUGUAUGAGAAAUAUUUACUGAUUGAGUACUCGGAGAAUUAAUAAAGCCUUUCUCAUGA